AUGAAUAUUAUUUUACCAUUUAUAGUAGCAUAUCGAGGUAGGGGAUUUUGGCUCAAAACUCAUAGUUUUUACGAGCAACCAGUAAUACGCUCAACAUUUGAUUACAUAUUUCUAGCAAAAACUAUUGACCCGAGUCAGGUUAUAAUAUGUGGUGAUGCUGGUAUUGGCUUAAAUGCUGAAUUUUUAAAUGAUGAAAAUUGCGCGGAAAUUGAGAUUCAAGAAAACGACUACAAUGCAGAUGGAAAAACUGAUAUGUUGCAUUUUAAGCUUCAUCUUAACGUGUUGCCAAAUAACUCAAUUAUCUCCGUCUUACUAAUUCUGGGAAUGGAUUUUCAGUUACAGACAACUUGUGAACUGCACAUGCAGACAUUAGCAGUUGUGGAUAAAGAAUUUACAUCUCCGUCAUCGGGAUUAUAUUAUUACGGUGACCUUCAAUUUUAUCAAUCAUCACAUUUACCUUGCAUAAACAAUGUUAUAGACACUACGUAUAACACCUCUUUAUUUACAAGUCCGAACGAAAUGCAAAAAGAUGUUAUUGACUUCAUUUUAGAAGACUACUUCAGGAGGAAAGUUACAACACAAGUUAAAACACUUUUUGCCAAAGUUCAGAAUGGUUAUACUGGUACUUUAGAUGUAAACAUCCACUUAAGAGUACCAGAAAUGCACAUCCGGUAUCAACCAAGUGUAAUGCAAGAGUUAAAGUGGGCUUGGCCGCAGUAUUUUUCUUUAGUAGCAGUCUUCUACUGGAUAUUUAAUAGAGUGAAGAGAUUUGUUUUUAAUAAGCGUCUUUUAAUGGCAUGGGAAAUUGUACCUUGGAAAAAAAACAAAUUAAGAUAA